GCUCACCCACCCGCCAUGUCAGUUUUGACAACUAAAAUCAUUGAAAAAAAUUAUUUACGUUUCUCUUCUUUCUUUGAUCCUUCUUCUUGUGGGUUAAAGUUAAUUUACAAGAGUUUUGGUUUGGCUUUUGAAAAGUAAGUUAAAUUGUGUUUGUUUACGUCCCAAGCUGAAUCCUGAAAUGAACCAUGGGCAAGCCUUCGACUUCUCGUCUUAAAACCAAAUCAGAAGAAUCAAUGGCUAAGGACAAUCCAUUGAAUGCAUUGAAAAGAAAACGCGGUGCCCGGAAAAGGGUCAGAAAAUCCAGGGCACAAAUUAACAAACUUUUUCAGAUGCUACAGAAACAAAAUAAUAUUUCUUCAGACCCAAUAGAAGAUCUUUCUGAUGUAUGGAACUCAACAAACAACACUGUCAUCGUCCUUGACGACACCAUAAAAAAAAGUCCCAGAAAGCGUAAACUAUCAGAAAGUUCCGUAAUAAUCACAGACGUGAAAGGUCUGCAAACGAAUACUGAACCAUGUAAUUCCGUUGAGAAAAAUAACACUGAGCCAAAAUCUGUAGAAACUGCGAUUGACUCCGUUAUUAUUACAGACGAUGAUGUACCAAAUAUUAAUUCUGAGAAUUACCAAAGUAAAAAGAAGAAAAUUGAAGUAACUGAUACAAAUCCUAUAGUAAUUACAGAUAAUGAAGUGUUACAUGACAACCCAGAACCAUCCAGCUCAAAAACUCCCAAGAAAAAAGGCUUUGCCCCACCCAUGAACUGUUCCACACCAAUUUCCAAAUCGAACACUAGUCUUAUAAAUAACAACGCUGAUAGCACUCAAAAUUUAAAUAACAACGUAACCAAAGUGAUAAACAGAGAUUCGUUUUUAACAAUAGAUUUAACAGCAGAUUCCGAUUUGAGCAGGUUACAAUGCAAUACUGUUAUAGAUCUGGAUAAUACUCAAGAUUCCCAGGACUGUACUUUAGUAUCGAUUAGUAACGCAAGUUCUAUGAGUGGAGAUUCUCAGGUUACGGUCUUACAUAAAAAAAAUUCAAGCAAAAGGAUGAAAAAGUUUGUCAGUGGUAUUGCAAAGCUAGAUGCGUCUGAGAAAGGGAAGCUUUUGGAGUUAAUUACACAGAAUAUUUUUAAUGGGUGCAAAGAACCUAUGAGGAUGAAUAGGCAAAAUGUGGCUAGUCCAGUGACUGUAAACCAAGAAACCGAGACUGCUGAAAACACAUAUAUCAAAGAAGUGAUCCUGGGCCAGAAAAAGUCGAGGAACAGCAUCGGCAGCAAUAUUUACAACCCUGAGAAGGACGAUCGGAACAAGACCGGUCUCCGGAUGGUUGUAAUAGACGGUAGCAAUGUCGCUAUGGAACACGGUCGGGGCAGGUGUUUUUCCGUCAAGGGCCUCAAAAUUUGCAUAGAUUACUUCCUGAAAAGGGGGCACGCGGUGAAGGCGUUUGUCCCACGCUUCAGGUGUAAGUUCGGCAAAAGCUCGGAGCCGCGGCUGCUGGACGAGCUGGAGCGGCGAGGUCUAGUCGUGUAUACGCCCAGCCGCGAGAUACAGGGCAAGCUUAUCACCCCCUACGAUGACAGGUACAUCGUACAAUGCGCAGCGGAGUUUGACGGCGUCAUAGUGACAGGGGACAACUAUCGCGACCUACUGCAAGAGAACCCGCGUUGGAGAUUCGUCAUAGAGAACCGGUUGCUUCCCUUCACUUGGGUCAACGAUAUGAUCAUGUUCCCACGGGACCCUUUAGGCAGGAACGGACCAACUUUGGAACAGUUUUUAAGGCACCCAGUGGCUAAGACUAUUCCUAGUAUAGUUCUGUGAAUUCCAAAUGGUACUGAUAUAGCUGACAAUAUGGAUUGUUACAAGUUUUAGAGUUGAUUGGUCAAAUUGUUUUAUUUUAUAUUGAUUGGGAAUCCGUCAUUUUAUUGUCUAACUGACCUUUGAAGGGUUAAAGAAUUUUAUUAUGUUACCUACUAAACCGUAUAGUGAAUUUUAGUUUACUUGAAAUUGAAAUAUUUGAAUUGAGGAUUUGAAAAUACAUUGUAUGUAAACCAAAAAUUGUAUUGUGUACAUUUGUGAUGUUUAUAAAUAAGGCGUAUGAAAUGUCGCUCAUAGUUCAGUGUACAACUGAUUAAACAAUAUUACAUGAAUCUUAAUUCUAAAUACUUUGAGCUUCAUUUCAAAAUAAUGGCAUAAAUCAGUGUUCAAUAAAUAGUUGUGACUCGAUGACUGAAAGAAAAUGUCCAUGACGAUUUCUUUCCCGAUGAAAUAUGACAAUAGCGUCUCCUUCUACUGUCGACUCACUUCUCCAGGAAUACACUGCCAUUUUUAUAAUGCAUUUUGUACCUUAAAAUUAAAUUUUCUACGUACCUACUAUCGGCAACAGUGUUAACUGCCCAUUGCCAGUCAUGUCAUCUCGUUCUAUCGCAAAUAAUCACCAUUUGAUGAGAGCGAGAGCAAAAACGGAAAUGGAUAGUUAACAGUGUGGCUGUGUGUACCUUCACAUCUCCAGUGAGAAGAAAUAGCAUGUUUUUGUAAAAAGUUGUAAUUUUUAUUUGAGAUAACUGGACUGACUGUUUUAAAUGUAAUGGAACGUGGAAGUUUAUGCUCUAAAAUUGUAUUUUAUCUUUCAUGGGUGCCUAAUUCGUUCAUAAGCGUCAAUACUAAGAAACAAAUUCACGGUCAGUUUAAAUUCGUUACCAAUUUCAAAAACAGUCAAAGAUUUAGAAAAUGUAAAUAUUUUGUUUUUAGUUACUCAUUUCCAAAGCAAGGGACUUAUUAUAAAUGCUAGGGUUUUGUUUUAUAAUGGUGAAUAUAAGAGAAACUGCAUUUGCUAUGUUAGUUACCCAGUCACUCUCACUGGUAAUAAUAUUUCAAAUCAUUGUUUCUUAGAAUAUUUAAUAUUUUGAAUUAAUUUAAGUAUUUACCUAAUUAAAAAGUAUUUGAUUAAAUUUCACAUUGAAUUGUGAUAUUUUUAAUAAUAUUGCCAGUUCAAUGAAUAAUCUACAUACAUAAUAUGGAUAUUGAAAACAUAUCUCAAAGUAGUUGAUGAGUGUGUAAUUUUUAUGAUAAAAAAUACACUUCAUCGAAUUACUCUGUUUCUUUUAAAAUAUUAUGUCAUUCUUUAGUGUAACAAUAAUAACAAACCAACUUUUUGUAAAUUAUGAUAAUGUAAUGCUUAAGUUUCAAGACAGCUAGACUUGUGCGGUGAAAUUUUAGUUCAAAAAUAGUCAUAUUUUGGUUAAAAAUUGAGAGAAAAUACUUGAUCUGAUUUUAUUUUCUCGAAAAAUUUAAAUUUACCUCUCGCAAUUUGUUAAAAGAUAUUUUAUUUUUAUAAAUAAAAAUAUUUUACGAAAGUU